AUGGUUCCUCCAGUAUGUCUUCGUGGCCCACCGGAGCUCCAACUUUACCACCCCACGACCACCAUCAAAAUCUGUCAAGGCCAGUCUUCUUCUUCAAACCCCUGCCUUGAAUUCUUCAAGGCCACCACAUACUCUGAUAAACCCCAACAAAACCCUCCCGUGUAUCAGCAGCAGAAGGAUCUGACAGAAUAUGAAGCAGAGGCAUGGAAGCAUGACCCUCUCACAACUCUCAAGCUCAUAUUUUGCCUGAGAAUGGUGGGGAGGCCCGACAAAGAAGCCUUUUACAAAUCCCUCUUGUGGAUCCACAAAAACCACCCUCUAACCUUGGCUUUGAAUCUCAAGCUUUUUGCGCAAUUGGGUUGGUUCAAAGAUCUAUUGGAAAUUCUCUAUAGGGUUUUGCAGAAAUCCAUAGAUGAAGCCAAGGAAAAGGAGGAGGAAGAGAGCCAGAAAGAGUAUUGGAAGAAACGUACGAAUUAUUGUCAGAAACCUAGUAAAAGGAAUUAUUGGUCUGACUCCGAGGAAUGCGAAAGCGAUGAGGAGGAAGAUGACGAAAGCAAUGAGGAGGAGGACAGCGAUGAGGAAGAAGACGAUGAAAGCAAUGAGGAGGAAGACGAAGGAGAGAAGGAAGAGAGCAAAACAGUCACAGAUGUCACAGAUGUUCACAUUGCCAGGGCUAAAAGUGCGUGCUGUGAGAUUGAAAAGAUCAGCUCUAUUUCCAAAUUCUGUCCUUCUAUUGAUUCGUCUUACGACAGAGAAACUUUGAUAUGUGGAAACAUAGCAAGGAGAAUGUUUCCACGCCAUAAUUUUGGAGAGUACAAAGAUGUUGAAGAAGCUCAUUAUGCUUAUAGGGUUCGUGAUCGAUUGAGGAAACAAGUACUUAGCCCCCUGCGCAUGGCAUUGGAGUGCUUACCGGAUGUGCAACAGAACAACCAGUCAUCAUUGUUCAAGAAAUGCAAGGAGCUGAUUGCUUUGGAAAUCUACGGCAAGAUCAUUGGUUGUGGUGAUGGUGGAGACCGCGAUGAAAGCAAAUUGAAAUUCAAGUGUUACAUGAAGCUCGUGAACAUGCUAUUACCAAAGAAAUAUAUUUUCAACAUGUGCUUUGGUGAUGGGCUAAAGCUUCCUCACCAUGUGGUUGCCUCAUUGGAGAAGGAUCAGUGCGGUGCUGAUGAGAUUGCCGAGGUUCAAUGGCGGAGACUAGUCCAACAGUUGUGGAACAAAAGGAAGCUCAGGAAUUGUAUUGCAGUGUGUGAUGUCCCGGAGAGCAGGAGAGGGUCAUUGAAGGAGAUGGUUUGCAUUUCGAUGGGGUUGUUGGCUUCGGACCUCAGUGAAAAACCAUGGCAAGGUUCUGUUUUCCCAUUCAGCGAUUUCCCAAGGCUGCACAAAAUCAAAGGAGACAAUCUCAAGUCCAGAUGUGAGUUCAUGAGGAACAUAGUGUGUGCUGAGAAGGUGGAUUUUUCAAAGAUUUACAAUGGAGUUCUGCAUAUCGCCACGACGGAGAAGCUGAGCAAUGCCAAGAUGCCUAAAAGCAUUUUUGUGUUCACAUACAGGGAAUUUGACAAGGCCUCUAAGAAUGAUUGGGUCCUGGAUUAUAGGGAGGCUGUGAAGAAUUACAGUAAGAGAGGGUAUGCAUAUGUGCCACGGUUGGUGUUUUGGAAUUUGAAAGGCUCAAUUGCUGAGCCUGAGGUCAUUGGUAGCCAUGUUGUAAAGAAUCACAAUGCAGGGAUGAUCAUCACUGGGUUUUUCAACACUCUGCUCAGUCUUUUCUGCAACGGAGAAUCGAAUCCAGGAACAUAUGCAGCUCGGGUUGCUCAAGGACAUGUUGAUGGGAUUGAUCUUGUGUCGCUCCAGAGGUUUGCUCCAAAGGUUGAGGAUGUAAUGGAAUGGGCACUUUCAAAUGAAGAGUUGACGAGCCUCUUUAUAUUUGACUGA